GAAGGUCGGAAGUGAAAAAAAAAUGUCAGAAAGUGGGUCAAAGAAAAAGGAUAAAGCAUCGAAAAAUGAAAAUUCCGCGAUGAACGAUGAAAAUGCAGGAUCGGGUCGGACCUCUGCAUCAAAAGGCUUUAGGUCCAAGAAAACCGAAGACAACUCAGAAAAAAGGAAGAAGUUCUACGAGAAUAUUCGAAAGAAACACAAGGCGGUUUCUGCCCAGGACGAUCGUUUCAAAAGCAUCCGAAAUGAUCCUCGUUUCCGGCCAAUGCGUCUCGACGAACGUAAAGUUAUCGUCGACGACAGGUUCAAGGCUAUGCUCACGGAUCCGAAAUUCAAUCUGACGCAUAAGGUUGAUUCACGGGGUCGGCCGGCGAAAAUCAAGUCGUCCGCCGAAAACAUGCGCAAAUAUUACGCAUUUGAGAAUGAAGAAGCGAAAGAAAAGGUGGAAUCGGUGGGUGAAGAUGAGACGGAUGAAGAUGAUUCGGAUGCGAGUGAAGGCGAGAAACCGGACGAGACGAUUCCUGAUUAUGCGCGUGGUGAACUUGCAUUGCAGAGCUCGUCUGAGGACGAAAGUUCAUCUGACGAAGAAUCUAGUGCUUCGGAAGCGGAAGACGUUGAGCAUCCUUGGGGAGAGCUGGACGCGGAUGCCCCACGGGCUCCGGAUACGGAUUCUUCUCGUCUUGCCAUAUGUAACAUGGAUUGGGAUCGUGUUUCCGCAAAAGACAUUUACGUGGCUUUGUCUUCCUUCCUUCGGCCCGAUUCCCAAAUUCUUUCAGUUAAAAUCUACAAGUCUGAGUUUGGGAAGGAGCGUAUGGCGAUCGAGCAAGUUUCGGGACCUGUAGAGCUGAAGCCGAAGACAAAUUUGAAGUCGAAAGCGGUCAAAGAACACAAGAAGCCUCCCGAAGAAGAAGACGAAUCCGACGAGGAAACCCGCGAACGGGUGCGCCAGUAUCAGCUCAACCGUCUGAAAUACUUCUACGCCGUAGCAACCUUCGACUCAUCUGAAACAGCCAACAAGGUCUACGACGAGUGUGACGGAGUAGAAUACGAAUCUUCCGCCACCAAGUUCGACCUUCGUUUCGUACCAGACUCGGAAACUUUCGAGGAAAUCGAUGUAGUAGACCAGACGUCGUCUGUGGAUCUCCAGAGUUACGUCCCACACCUGUUCGUCAACACGGCGUUACAGCAGGGAAAAGUCAAGUGUACCUGGGACGAAAAUGAUCCUAGGAGAGAAAAGGCAAUCGACGAGUUGUUCAAGGUGGUCAAUCCGAAAUCGAAAAAGGAUAAAAAGGCUUUGAAGAAGAAAGGGAAACUCGUGGAUGGAUUGAACGAGGAAGACUGGCAGGCCUACUUGGCUUCAGAUUCUGAUCCCGAAGAGAAUGAUUAUGAAGCCGGUCUGGGCAAAGAUGGGAAAUUGUCUACUUAUAGGGAACUUGUGAAUUCCAUAAAAUCUAAAGAGAAAGAAGACGAGGAGGAAAAGGCGCAUAUGGAAAUUUCUUGGAAUCCAGUUGAUGUGGAGCCAGUCAAAGAACUUUUGAACAAGAAGAAGGAAGAGGAGAAGACUGAAACUCCUUGGGAUCGAUAUCUUUUGAAACUAAAGGAGAAGAAAAAAUCGAAGCGAAGAAAGAAUCCGGAAGACGAUGAAGAAGCUUCAGAACUUACGAAAGAAGAUCUGAAUGAUCCGUUCUUCGCGUCGAGCAACCUUGACGACGAAUAUGACCCUAUUCGAGAGUUCAAGAAAGGCUCAAGUAAAAAGAAUGACGAACCUCAGAUUAAGCAAAAUGAAGAGGAAAACAAAGAUGAUGGACUGGAGCUCUUGACUCUUGACAUGGACCCGGACGCGAAGAAGCAUUUUAGUCUGAAGAAGCUCGUGAAGCUGGAAAAAUUGAAAGGAAAGAAGAAAUUGCACAAGAACGACAAGAAGAAACUCCAGGCCCUCGACGUUGGCGAUGAUUUCGCCGUCGAUGUCACAGAUCCCCGCUUCAAUGCAGUUUAUACUAACCAGGCUUUCAGUGUCGACCCAUCGGACCCACAUUUCAAACCCACCACCGGAAUGAAAGCCAUAGUUGCAGAGAAAACCAAGCGAAGAAAAAACACCUCGACUGACGUCGAAGAACUGCCGAAUCUUACCCCGAAAUCUGAAUUAUCUUCUUUGGUUCAAAAUGUGAAGCGAAAAAUGAGCGGUAAUGCUGCUUGGAAAAACAAACGCGCAAGAAAUUGA